AUUUUGCAGAGUAUAACUAUUGGUCUAUUGUCAAUUGUCAAUUGAUUAAGACUUUCUCUGAUUAUACUCGGAAACGAUCUAUACUCUCACCGAAAACAACCACACCACCACCACCACCACAACACCACACAACAACAAAAAAACAGAAUGUCCUACCGCACCACAUCCAGCUCCUCCUCCGCCUACUCUUCUUACUCCUCAUCCACCUCUAACGACAACAACAACAACAACCCCCGAACUGAAUCGACCGGCCACCGCUACGCCACCACCUCACACACCGACCCCACUGGCGCUACUACCGUCCGCACCGGAUACCAGAAUCUAGGCGAGGAGCCCGUUUUCGAAGAGCGGAGAUUUGAUUCAGCGGGUCGGGAGGCCGCGUUGUUGGAUACGCAGGGUGGAAUGGGUGCUGCGGGGGGAACUAGGGCUAUUAGGGAGUUGGAUGAGGAUGCUGAUGAGGGGGAGUGGGAGGAUGGGACUUAUUAA